ACACGCGAAGAAGUGGAAGUACGCGCGUUCCAUCCCCGCAAUCGUUCGUCGCGCGCGCUUCAUCGUGCGAUUUUAAAUUCCUUGGCCUUACUCUCGCCAUACACGGAUCGAAACGUCGCGAAGUUUCUACUGCAAGUGCUGUCCAGCCCAUUGGAGUUUUCUUUCUAUUUCGUAGCGUCGUGGCAGUUGAAGUUAGAUCGUUGUUUGUUGCACUGUUUGCUGUUGUUGUUGUUCUUGCUGUUAUUAUUAUACGUAGGCAAUCAUCUGAAGAGUUACGAAUUGAGGAGUUCGCGUGGAAAGCGCACGUCACCGAAUAGCGUUCUACGUGUGCAAUACGGGCGAGCGCACACCUAUUAAAGCAGCAACAAAAAAUCCCCAAGUUUGGAGCGAAAAGUCGUUUGUCAGCCCCAACGCUGUGCAGUGAGUUUCGCGCUUAGUGCUUACUUUUUGUGCUGCUUCUGCUUCUGCUGGUUCGGCAGCGAGAAGCAGUCAGUGGCCAACGAAUUCCUGGCCUCGGCGGCGACACGCAGCUUGUGGUGACGACCGAGUCGACUUCACCGGGCAGUCUUCGGCAUUCACGAUCCAUCACCCCGUACGAAGUAGUGGCGCUGCGCCAGCUAGUCGGCAAAGAGGUGGAGUAGGGAAUACUGUUGCUAUCUUCAGAUACUGCAACAGGCCGACUGCAUGCAGUGGAAGAAUUAUCGUCGGAUGCCAAAAUUUGUUGUUUAGUGUUUUAGUGAUUGUGCAUAUUUUGGGGUCACCUUAUUUGUAUAUGUAUAUGUUGAGUGCAUUUGUUAGGUGCAAUACUUAGAGCUAUAAUAAUUGUUGACAGUCGAAAGCGUGUUGUUGAAUCGAAAGCGAAAGCGAAGUGUGUGCCGCAUUGUGUCAUUCUCGGCGAGAAGCGGCGCCAACAACGGAAAAUUCCCAUCGUAGCCAUCACCUAGAUUGCAGUCAUCGUCACCGCGUUCGCAACAACCAAACGGUCAAAAAUACAGAGAUAGUGUCGGUCAAGAUUCGGACACAAUGAGGCAGAUCAAUCUGGAGGACACUCCACUGACGAUGGCGGCGAUCGUACGUCGUCGGGCGGAGGCUAUCAAGCACAACAGCGAGUGCGAAACGGAUGACCAGCGACACAAUCAAACGUUUCCGUCACUCUGUACAAGUACCAUCGCGGCAUCGGAUUCGGGCGUGUUCAUGUCUACCUCGGAUAUUGACCGGACUUACAGUGCGAGCACCAGCACGCAGCACCUGAGUGCCGUCGAAGAAUACACGGAAGGUCAAACGACACCGGCCAAGUCCCAUUACGUAAUCGGCGAACAGGACGAAGAUGAAGACGAAUGCCAAGUCGACGACGAAGAAGAGCAGGAGGACGAUGACGUCAUCGAACUGGAUCAAUCACACGAGAGCAAGACUGAUAAUAAGUUGAGUAAACGAGCUUGCCAGAGUCUACCGGACGUCAACAGUCCUCGGCCAACCGCUUUGAAAGCUAUUGGAACCACCUGUGAUAGUAGUAGUGAUAUACAAGUAGCACCUAAGAAGGACGAUAUUGAGCUGCGAUCCGCGCCGAAAACGGCCAAGCCGUGCGAUACGGGAGGCCUUGCCAAGCAAGCCACGGCACCCGUGGUGCCGGGGGCAGCUUCUCAGCGCAAAACAAUCGACCAUAGUCUGCUGCAGGCGUUCUCCAUCGAUCCGAAACUGAUCAACAAGUCCGACGGACUGGAGCACACGCUGUACUACAUCGACGAGAACGGCAGCCCCAAGCUGCGGGACAAGUUCGCCGUCCAGCAGCAGCUGGCCGACGAGAAGAAGCGCCGCAAGAAGGCGAAGAAGCUGGAGAAGUAUGGCGCGGACGGAGAGGAUGAUACGGCCCAGUGUACCUGCUUUAGCUUUAGUAGGCUAUCGAAGAAGUUUCGGGAUAUGUGUAAAGAUGGUUCAAAAGUGACAACGGUUGUGGCAACAGCCGGCCAGGGACCAGACAGACCACAGGAAGUAUCAUACACAGAUACCAAGGUGAUCGGCAAUGGAAGCUUUGGCGUCGUAUUCCAGGCGACGCUCUGUGAUACGGGGGAGCUAGUCGCGAUUAAGAAGGUGUUACAGGACAAAAGAUUUAAGAACCGAGAACUACAGAUUAUGCGACGGCUAGAACACUGUAAUAUUGUUAAACUAAAAUAUUUCUUUUACUCCAGCGGCGAUAAGCGUGAAGAUUUCCCCUUCGACAUGGGCAUUUUCGGCAGUGCUCUGCAAUCACAGAAAGACGAAGUUUAUCUCAACCUAGUGCUCGAAUAUAUUCCAGAAACCGUAUACAAAGUGGCUCGUUUUUAUGCUAAAAACAAACAGACGAUACCAAUCAAUUUUAUCAGGCUCUAUAUGUACCAGCUGUUCCGGAGUCUUGCCUACAUCCACUCGCUCGGUAUCUGCCAUCGUGACAUCAAACCCCAGAACCUGCUGCUAGACCCGGAGACGGCCGUACUGAAGCUGUGCGACUUUGGCAGUGCCAAACAGUUGCUGCAUGGAGAACCGAACGUGUCGUACAUUUGCUCGCGAUACUACCGGGCACCGGAGUUGAUAUUUGGUGCCAUAAACUAUACCACAAAGAUCGACGUAUGGAGUGCGGGAUGCGUACUAGCCGAACUACUACUUGGACAGCCCAUCUUCCCCGGAGACUCCGGUGUCGAUCAGUUGGUAGAAAUCAUCAAAGUCCUCGGCACGCCCACGCGGGAACAAAUCAAGGAAAUGAACCCCAACUACACAGAAUUCAAAUUCCCUCAGAUCAAGAGUCAUCCAUGGCAGAAGGUAUUCCGAGCACGUACUCCACCAGACGCGAUCGCCCUGGUGUCCCGAUUGCUAGAGUACACGCCGGGCUCCAGGAUUACACCGAUCCAGGCAUGCGCGCAUCCAUUCUUCAACGAGCUGCGGGAGGGCAACAAGACACUACCGAACGGGCGCGAGUUCCCGCCACUGUUCAACUUCACAGAGCAAGAGCUAGCGAUUCAACCAAACCUGAACCUAAUACUGAGGCCACGAAACCCGAACGACGCACGAGCCGGCCAGUCAUCAAGCUCGACGGACGGCGGCAACAGUGGCAGCGGCGGCAACGGUGCCGGAGCAAACAGCAGUACAGUUUCCGUCGGCGGUAGCACCAACAGCAACGCCAGCGGCGCAGGCAAUGGUGGCAGUAGCAAUAGUGGCGCCGCACCCGACAGCACCCAGGUGCAGGGUGGCGGCGCCAGCGGUAGCAACCAGGGGGUGGGAGCUGGGGCGCAAUCCGUCGGCGGUGCGGAAGAUAUUACGUCAUCACAGUCCGUACCCGGCAUUGACAGUAGUUCCAGUCAAGGAGCUAUAGCGUCAGCGGCAACUUCUACGAUGGGUUAGCUUUAAUUCUUACACAUAAAAUAUUAUAUUAUAUAUAUAUUUUUUAAUUUUAAAUUUACUAAUUUAACGCGAGGAUGGAAAUAAAACAAAAAAACCAAGUAAAUGAUAAAAAUAAGGCAAAAUUGUGAGAACAAAAGUUAAUAAAAUUGCUAGCAAGGAAAACGAAAAAAUUUCAGCAAAUCCAGAAUUACACAUUAAUAGACACACAUAGACGAUCUAAUUAAUAUUGUAAAACGACUAUAACAAAAAGAAAAAAAAACUCAUAGGUUCCAAGGAAAUGGAUAAGAAAAUAGGACGAUGAGAACACUGUUCAAUAUCUACCGUUUCGUUUUCGUUACCAUUCCGACUAGGUUUUGCGCAUAGUCGAAAUACGCGCACGGAACCUCACUAGUAAACCAUAAACAUCAACGACAAAAGAUAGAGGCAAAAAGUAAGAAAAAUAUUUCAAAUCAAUAUUAUUCUAACUAAGCAAAAAUUUAACACAGACACACUCACACACCAAUCUACUAGAGGAUCAAAAAUCAGUCACCGUAAAGCAAACAAAAAAGAAAAAUACACAAAACUUAUUCGUUCUGAAAAAAGUAGUUUCAAUUCGCUAGUUAUAGUUAUUAACAAUGGAACAAGUUCAGUUUUUCGUUCUCUUGUGACUGUUGUGCAAACUAAAAAAAAUAAAAAAAAAUCAUUGAUUAUAAUUGUAAGCCAACAAAAAAAAAUAUAUCCACAAUUGUAACACGAAUACGGAACCGUUGCUUGUGAGCUGUAAAAAGAGUCCGCGGACGCGAGGGGUCUUCCAUUGACGGAAGACUGCGUUGCCUUGCCGCGUGGCUUGACGUUUUUUGUUUUUGUUCUUCUCGGCUUUUGGUUGGUCCCCCUUCUAUUGGUUCUGUGUUCGUUUACCUGUUUCUUCCUUUGUGUCGUUUCAAUCCGGCCCUCUGGCAUAGUUGCGGCGCCUGCCAGGCUGGUGAAACCAGUUUCUUCUCUUGUUUAAGUCAUCUUCGAGGAAAGGGAGGAAGUGUAUAAUGUUACAUAAAAUUAUGGAGUAAUCUAAAUAAAAUCAAAGUGUUAUGUCCCCGGAGCUUUGCAAGAAGCAAAACAUAUGCGUUAAGGAUUGUGCGCGAUACGCGCAUGAUUUUUUAAGAAAAAGAAAAUUGUGUACGUGCAUCGGUUUCUAUAAUUUCAUUAACUAUAUAAACGAGAAUACUAAUGAAAGCGAGGCGAGCGUUGUACGUAUAUAUCUUGUGUAGUAGUGUGAAAAAUUUGUUUAUAUUACUAUUAUCGAAGUAAAGGAAAAUUUAGAUACUAAAAGGACACACAUUCGUAAAAAUGGAGAAAAAUACACAAGUACCACUAUAACUGCAAGUACAGAUAACAGAGUUGAGCGAUAGGAAGAGAGAGAGCGAACGUGCAUUAAAAAAUGAUAAAGCAAGCAGCAGGACAAAAUAGUAAGGAAAAUAAAUACAAACCAGCAUUAUUCAAACUUCUUCUAAUCUUUGAUACAUUUGUCAACCGAACCACACCAGAAAAACAAGAAUAGUCUCUCCAAUCAGCUGUGUCUGUUAGUAAAUGAACAGUAAACAAAAUACCCUACGCAGGAUACAUACAUAAUUAUAAUAAUCAAACAAUAAAUUAUUUUAAAUGAAAGGAAAUACAGAGAAAUCAGAAGAAAAAAAAACAAAAUGGAAAAACCUGUUUUUGUAGCAUAAAGAAAGUAUAUAUAUUAAAGCAUAAGUAAUUUAAAUUUGAAUCUAGAAGAAACACAGAGAAAAGAAACAGAAAAAGAGAAAGAACGCAGAUCUUCAUUGAUUAUUUAAUAAACGGCGAAGAAGAAACGGGAGCGCAAUUAUUGCGCCAAACUUGUGGUAAAAAAAGAAACUAGCCGAAAGUUGUAAUUAGCGUAAAACACACCUACACCCAAUUGGAAAAUGAUAUCGUUGUCGCCCUAGAGCAAGAAGUAACACAGUAAACCAAGUCAAAACACCCACAUACUUUCACCGGUAAACUAUUAGGUGGAAGCAGUAAUAUUCGAAACAGCAACAACAAAAAUUUAAAAAAUCAACACACACAUGUAACUGCUACAAUUUUUAGCUAUUAGAUAUUUUAAUCAGCUAGAAAAAAGUAAAUAAAGGAAAAAAUGUUAAGAGA